AUGCCGGCAACAUUAGUCAUCGGAUACCCCAAGGGUUCCAACGUCAACAUGGACUACUACCUCAACAAGCACAUGGCAGGUGUAACCCCGGGCUUCAAGGCCUCCGGCAUGACCAGCUUCCGCGUGGUCAAGGUGCAGGACCUGCCGGGCUCCGAGUCGCCCUUCGAGGUCAUGACCUUGUGCGAGUUCCCCGACGCCGGGCAGAUCAUGAAGAUGCUGGCGGGCACCACCGAGGAACAGAAGAAGGCGCUGGCCGAGGACCUGACGCGCUAUUCGGAGAAGCAGGCCACCAUUUGGAUCUCGGAGGAUGCCAGCAGCGCGACCGCAUAG